AUGAGAUGGAGAGGAGCACUUCCGGCACGAUUCUCAUUGGUUGAAAUCUUGCAGUCGGCCAGGCGAACAGCCAAUCGAUCAUUCUCGUUAUUGGAAUUGAAGAAGAAAAGCCGAACAAGGAAUAGCAGUUUAAAGGACCUUAGCUACGCAAACGCCACCUGCUGGUUUCUACGGACUAUGAACAUCGGAAGCCCCUAUUAUUAUCCAUAUCAAAUGGGCCCAGCACCAGUUCCACCUAUCUACGGAGCACCACUACAAGCAGUUAAACUUGAACCUGAUUCCAAUCUAGGCAAAAUGAUGAAAGGCAAGAGGAAAAUAAAGGCGGAACCCAUUGAGGAGAACAUUGAGAUGUCCAAGCCCAACAUGAAGAAAGUGAAGCAGGAGAAGAUCACUGACCACAUGCCGGUGAAGAAGAAGCGAGACCGCUUCCACGGCAUGUCCGAGGAGGAGGUGAUGCUGCGGACGCUGCCCGACCACCUGCAGCCCAACCUCGACAUUGUCAUCGUGAGUUGUUGCUGUUGUUGUUGUAGCCACUUGGUGUUUUAA